AUGGUAGAGUGUGCAGAUAACAGCGAUGGCAUGAACAUUAGCACCGGCCAUUAUGUGACCUGUUAUUUUAGCAAAACAACAAAAUAUGUAGUUAUGGAAAAAAUAGGACAAGGAGGAUAUGGAGCAGUGUAUCGCGUGGAAAUAGAUCCAACCGACGGUAACCAGUACGCCAUGAAAGUUGAGCAAAAAUUAGAAAACAGAGAACAUUCGAAGCUCAAUAUGGAGUUACAUUUAUUGAAACUGAUGUCCAAUCAGCCAAAUUCACAUCACUUCACCAAAAUUUUUAACAGAGCAAAGAAAGUUAAUUUUUUCUUCAUUGUUAUGACACUUGUUGGGGAGAGUUUGGCUGAAUUGAAACGACGAAAGUCACCGUCUGUUUUCAGCUUGGGAACAGCAUUCGGGGUUUCAAUACAGUGUAUGGAAGCACUUGAACAGUUACAUAAGGUUGGAUUUAUACACCGGGACAUUAAACCAGGCAACUUUGCCGCUGGUUUGGCACCAAAUUCUCAUACAGUUUACAUUUUGGAUUUCGGGAUUGCAAGAAAAUUCACAAACAGCAAGGGUGACAUCAAAGGGCCACGUUGCAAAGUGGCAUUCAAAGGUACUAUCAGAUUCGCUGCAUUAGCAUGCCAUCGAGGAAAAGAAUUGGGACCAAAGGAUGACUGUGAAAGUUGGCUGUAUAUGAUUGUUGAUUACACGAAUCCCAGUGGAGUUCCUUGGAAAUUUGAUAAAGAACGAAAAAGAGUGGAAUUACUGAAAGUGGAAGCUCGUUCUCCAGAUGGCAGAAAAAAGAUGUUUGCAAAUGUAUCAAUCUUAGCUAUCUUCUUUAAAUUAACACAAAAAUUUUACAAGUUAUGA